AUGGCCCGUACAAAGCAAAAUGCAAAGCGCAGCGUGGGGUUGUCCCACAUGGAGUACCACAACAACCUCUCCGUGGCGGGAAUUCAUGCCUUGGCACAAGACGACCUCAUUGAAGAAGAGCAGCCAGAUGAGGUGACAGACCAGUCCGACAAUGAUGACAUGUCAUUUGAUGAUGAGCCGGAUGAUUUUGAAUCGAUGUACUGCGUCAUUUGCCACAAUGGCGGUGGCCUCAUCAACUGUGACAUUUGUCACCGCGACGUCUGUACAGACUGUCUUGGAAACAUUGACAUCACCACCGUGCAGGAAGACUGGCAUUUCCUGUGUCCAUCUUGUCAUGUGAUGACCCUUGGCAACUCCGACAAAUACCAUGCCUUUCACAGCCAUAACGGGUCUCGGAAUGUACACUCCGAGCCAUCCCGUGUGACGGGAACCAUGGUGGCUCCUCAGCACGCAUUCUGCUCCACUGCUCCAGUGGUGAUCUUAUCGUUCCGUCUGAAAUCACUCACCAAGGAAGCCAGUAUCCCCGAUCUGUUCCAUAUGAACCUCAACAGCUACUUCUGGAACACGAAGGGGAACCUUCAGUACUUCGACAUCCCAUUCAACUUUGAGACGGACAGAGAUGCAGCAAUUCACAGCAGAAAGAUGGAGAAGUUGUGUGCAGGUAUCAUGACCAUACCAAAUGUCCGUGUUGUGACGUUCAUCUAUACACACAGCAAUGUGCAAGUUGGAGAUCUGUAUCAUGCGAGUAACGCAGCGUCAUCAAUAGAGGAUUGGUUCACCAUCGUCCUCACGGAGCACUUCAAGAAGCUCUGCCAUGUUAUACGCCUCCACUACAUGUUCAUCCUUGCCUGUGGUGCCAUCGUCAACAAGAAGGAGUCCCUCGAGGCGCUCAGGGAACAGCUGUUCCUGUACAAGGUCCCCUUCACGUUGGGGUUCACGACAGCCACCCUGAAUGCCCACCUCUGUUCCGAUUUUGUGGGUCACUUUGCAACCCGCGUCAUCGUUGAGCUAGCUGUCCCAAAGCAAUCCACGAUGUGCAAGAUGCUAGGCAUGUCCUUCACCCUUCGUCGUCACAGCAGUGUUGUUGUGUUCCGCUAUGAAGGCUUGAUGGGUGAUAAACGGGUGGAUGUGGAGAAGUACGUCUGGCACCACCCCAAGCUUGCGCCAGCAGGCCAUCCACUCCCCUACCAGUGCCCUAUCUGCAAAGCUCUGUGCUGUUUGGAGAGCAGGACGGGUCGUAACCAUAACAAGACACAUAUCGCAGGCUACCAGUGCAUCAACAAUACGUGCACCUAUCGGUGCCUCUGGGAGGUCUCAUAUGACCCAAAGAAGCUGGAUAAGGAGCAUGGGAAGUGGUAUCGGACAUUGCAUAAUGGCAAAGAGGUGGCUGAUGAUGAGGACGAGGAUGAGGAAGAUGUGUACUACAAGCUGUAG